AUGAUCGAGUCCAAUUGGAGACUCAAUGCAGAGAGAUUGAUCCAGGAGAAUAUGCAUCCGAUCUUGGAGGCUCUUUCUCAAGUUUACAACUUCACUAUUGAGAGCCAGGUCCAAUACCAUGCACCACUGGCUUUUUUUGAGCCACCUCGACGUCAACAGGGCGAACAUGAUUACUAUGCUCUGGGCGAAGACGAACUGAAGAUAUUUAUCAACUCGGCUGAAUGGACGCUCUCAUCAAAGAUAACCAACGACCCCGUGAUUCACCUAAUCGCAUUCAUCCCAUCUACAAGCCACUCGCCAAUGCAUAUAUACGACGAGAAGAAUCAUCACCCAUUGGACGCACCGGGCUUCAUCAUCCCUCAGUGGGGCGGGGUCGUGCUGAUGAACAAUCAAGUCCUUCCAGGAUCUCAUGCACUCGCAGAAACCCAAGUUUUCUCCAUAUUCCGCACUCAGCUCCUCACCUUACUGGGUGUCCUCACCCUUCCAUCGAAUGUGAAGUUCGCAGAAACUCAUAGUGUUUCUUUGUCCGAAUGGCAAGUGGACGCACUCCUGAGGAUGAGGACGCGAGAGAAUGCAGAGGGCAGCAUCCAAGCACUCACAAGCAUUGUCAAGCUCGUUGAUCAGCUUGAAAAUAUGCCGGUUGGUCGAUCCCCUGCGGGACGACGUACUUCCGUGAUUUGA